UUUGCCAGUCUGCCCCUGCUAUGACUGGCUUGACUGCCACUAUUUUGCUUCUGCUCUGGCUCUCCGUAUCUUCUGUAAUCGAGGCUACUAGUGGCAACGAGCCAUUUGUUGAUAGCUUAACAAUGGCAGGUCGUGAGGAGGUAAAGGAUGAACUGAGAAAUACUUUAACCAGAGCUAUCGAACUGCUUGGAUCUCCGUAUGCCAUGGCUGACGAGGACGAUAUACCCCCUCUUCCGCCACCUAUCAUCUCAGUUCCACCCCGUAACAGUAGGACUAGGCCAAUCGCGAUGGGAGCCUCGGUGGGCCUGGGAGGACCUUCCUCUUCGAGGCCAAGUAUGAUGACCAUAGGAGCAGGAGGACCCGCCGCUUCAUCUUCCAGCGUAGAUUCACCCUUCUCUAGCUCUAGCGAACGAACUGGAUUGGGCAGUGCCUCGUAUACAGCAGCCAGGGCGCUGAGGAGUGUAAGAUCUCAGGCGGAACAGAGGCUUAAUUUUGCACCCUAUCAAAGGAGAGCGGGGAAAGCCAGCUCCAAACCAUUACAAUUUACUUUUUUUUGUUUGCUGAAUCGUGAGGCUGACCGAGUACCCACAACGAAGGUAAUGAAAUUGAUGUUGUUAGAUGCUGGUGCAGGGGAAAAGUCAGUCACCAUGUCACCCUCACUUAAUGCUAAGGAAUUAAGAGACCAAAUAGUAUCGUCCUAUCCUCUCCUAGCAGAAGGGGGUGGCUUUGAGUUGCUGAGGUGUGUGCAGAAUUCACGAGAGCUUGAAGUCAUACCGUACAACUUCACAACGACACCACGAUACUUAAAGGCCUACGUGGGAGGAGGGAAGGUGUAUAUCAGACCACUCCAGAGAGAUCUCUCUGUUCCUGUGGCCACUGCUGUAGGUGAUGUAAAGGAAAAGUGUUUGAAGUGCCAGGAACUCAUUUUACUACCAUUAUUGAAAGAGCACAUGACCAGCUGCAGAGAGGAACGUCUGAUAGAUCUUGAAGCAAUGCUCUCCAAGUCAUAUUCCUCGAUAGAAGAUGUAAUUGCUGACUUUGAUAUAAUAUUAUCAAGAUCUGAUAUGCCCGUUACCGUUUCCAGAGACAGGAUUAUAGAGGAUUCUUUUCAACUGAUCGAAGCUCACCCUCAUAAACUACCUUCUCGUUUACUUAUAUCAUUUGCUGGAGAAGAGGGCUGUGAUGCUGGUGGGCUCAGUGCUGAGUAUUGGACACUGCUUGCUACUUCCCUGAAAGAUAAAUAUUUUGAUGGCGAGCAGCAUUGUGUUGUUAGGAAGAAUGCUUAUAGUGUACUUCAUAAUGAAUUUCUCAAGAUAGGAAGACUCUUUUCUUUAGGAAUAGCCAGUGGCUUUUCUUUUCCUUUCUUGGCUCACUGUGUAUAUGAUUAUUUAUGUGGCUGGAAUCCAGUAGAUAUCGAAUUUGAAAUUGAGUGUGUACCAUCUAGUGUAGUUAAAGAGAAAAUAAAGAAGAUUAAUGAUUCGGAAAAUUUAGAGGAAUUUCAUGAAGCUAUUGAAGGGAGUAUGGAUAUUAUAGCUGAGUCUGGAUAUACUAAACCUUUAUUAAAUUUGAAAAUUGAGGAAAAGGAGGAUUUAGUUCAUACUCUACUCAUGUACUUCUGUUUAUUGAUCAGCAAGGCGGAGUUGGAUCAAAUGAAAGAUGGUCUUCAGUAUCUGAAUCUCUGCACUUACAUGUCUCGUCACACUGAGCUUUUCAAGCCUCUUUUUUCGGCACCUGAGAUAGAUUUGACAGCUGAUAUAUUAUUGUCAUUACUGACUGUGAAUUUUACUGAUGAUGACGAUCUAGAGCGGGAUGCUUACGAAUACUUUAAAAGAUAUCUCAAAGAUUGUGAAGAUAUUGGAAUAGUUCCACUGCAAAAUGUGCUCCUUUAUUUUUCUGGAUACAAGUACCUACCCGUAUUCGGCUUUCAGUUCUCUCCAACGUUGACGUUUCAUGAAGAAACUUAUCCAAUGGCUUCAACUUGCGCACUUAGCUUAGUAAUACCUAAGAAGCACACGGAUUAUGUCAACUUUAGACUGGCAAUGGACAAGGCUAUGGUUUAUCAUGGUGGUUAUGGAAAGACAUGAUAACUUAAUUGCACUUUUAUCACUUUUACAUUAGACAUGUAUCAUUUGCUCUCAUCAUUUAUUCUUGUCACUGGUUAAACAUGUUAUCAUUAAUCCUGA